CGGAUGUACGGCUUCAGCGACACCAUCGACGACAAACUCAUCGGUCGCAUUUACCGACUCCGCAAUGACCCGAGUCGCAUGUUCUCCGUCUGCCUAUCGCCCCCUCCGUCAUCGAAGUUGUACCUUACCUCGGAGCAAUAUGAGUGGAAAAUGAGCGUACUUCCACCGCAGAAGAAUGAUCAGAUGCUCCAAGUCAUGAAGAAGACGAUCAUCGAGCUGAACAAGCAAUACAUGCUUUUUUGGCGCAUCGGUUUGGAAGUCUCGCACUUGACGAUGAGCCCUCCUCUGUGGCCCCGUCAUUUGGAGGAGUACUCGACGAAGCUGUACGCUUUCAAGGAGAAGGACCGAGAGUUUCCGAUGGCAGUUGAGGCAACACUAUCUAGAGGCUGUCGCUAUUUGACCGCGGAUAGCAUCCUCGUACGUAAGAAAGACGACAUGAACGGACCUAAACCCGGCAUGCCGCUAAAGUCGUGGGUUCUCUCGCUGGUCACUCCAAGCGAUGGUCUGGGUGAAAAUGGGUGGCAGCUCCAGCGGAAGUGGUGGGCUUCGAACGGUCAGAGCUUCCCCAUCAUGACUGGCAAAAUUUACCCUGAUGCUAGACGGCAUCGGGAUUUACAAGGCUUUGUAGUCACUCUGGGAUCGAGGUGUAACCGAUCGCCGUCCCGGGCAGAUCCACCCAACUACGUUGUUCUUCGAGCCAAUAAGCAAAUACACGAGGAGGCUCUAAAAGCAGCGUGGGAAGGUACAACAAAGCACUUCGCACAUUGGAUAUGGCUAGAAAACGUCGUAUAUGCACUGAACAGCCCAUCAGGCUAUUACUGGCUUACGCACGUCCAGCUAUGUAUGAGCACCAGCAAUUGCUAUGAGUUUUUGGGAAUGCAGGUCGACCCUGUCCUUCGACUGCUGCCCCGGCCAUCAAGAGCUUGCAUGCUGCAAGACAUCCCUACCCUGAAGAAUCUCGGAAUAGUAUUUGGCACACCGUACAGUUACGAUAGUAACCCUUGGUUUGGGACUCGCCGGCUUGAUGGUCUACCCAUAGAGCAGCAUCCGUGUCAUAAGAUCAUGGUUGAGUGGGGACUGAUCUUCGCCUUUCCAUACCUCAAGCACAUACCAAACGUGCGGCUUACUGGCUGUAUCAAGACUAGCACGAAAUUGAAGUGGGAAAACAUAUUGAGCAACGAAUAUUACUUGCGGAAGAAAACCUAUAAGACACAUGGCUACGACCCUGCUAUGGAGGCCUACAAUCUGCUGGAAGAACAGCGUCCGGUGAGAUCGACUACCUUUAUGCUUGUGCCCCGCCUCGUGCUCUCGUGAUCGCCGUCCGCGCGAUCUGAAAGGAUUUGACCAUGACGACUCAUAUGUGCCGCCACCUCCGCCUCCACCGCCGCCGAAGAAGAGCGCGCCAGUUCGGCCAGGCCAACUCUGGUCAAAGAUGUACACAACUUCACCUGAAACCACGAAAUAACGAUCCACUAACCUGGUGUCUCGUCGGCAUCUUGUCCCAGUGGAGUGGUAAGACAGUGCAUUACGAGUUAGGUGGAUUUCCACGCUGCACCAUCUCG